AUGGCUAACGCUACCGUUAGUUUUGUUUCAACAUUAACAAAUGGUAUUCAGGACGUCAGCGCCUUUGCCGCCGUCUUCGCCACAGACCUGGUAGAAAAACAGAUGGGUCGUAGCGACAGUUCCGGAUUCCUUUAUGCGUCUGCUUGCGGGAUGUCAAUGUUUGGUAGUCUAGGAACGGCAAAAUGGGGACUCAUGAGUCUUCUACCCAAUAAAUGGAUGAAGACGGCUAUGUUGGCAGAUGAUACCAAUUUCCUCUGGAAAUACAGCGUUGCUCAUUAUCUAUUCUCGAAAGGCGAUAGACAAUAUGGAAAUGCAUACAUCGACGCAAUCUUUGGAUUGUCAUACAUGAGGCAUUAUCAAGGAUUCCGGACAGUCAAGGUUGAACUGAAACUCGAUGACGAAGGAACAUGGUAUUUCUUCUACGCUGUUGUGUCGUGUCUUAUGUUUUCCGCCAUGGGCAUGCUGCCUUUCGUCCAUAUCAUAAGAAAUGACCAGACAUACUUGUGGGGUCCAGUAUUGAGAUGCACUGGAACACUCUUGCUAAGUUUGCAAGCUAUCACGAUUCCAUAUUAUCUCGCGUGGCUGGCAAAGCCACGAAACGUUUACGACUUUGAAAGCACUGGCUGGAGAUUGCCCGAUCCUACCAUGACACAGCGCCUCUUAUCAAUUUUCUGGCUCAUUUUGAUCUUCAUAGGCUCGGCUAUGGUUUUAGUCGGCUACAUCGGAUCCUUUACAGCGGUCCAAAAUGCAAGCGAUGGCAAUUCAGGUAUCAUAUGGUUCUGCGUGGAGCUUCUGAUGAUGAUGCUUAGACUACUGAUAUGGACACAAAGUGUGCACUGGGAUGACCAGCCAGGGCUAAUAGCGUACGUCACGGCAGAUCAACCUAGAACGAAAACAGACUAUAUUUCUGAUAAUAAGCGACUCUCCUUCGACGAAGCAGCGGUGUAUGUGGCAGCAAUGGGAGUGGUGCUCAAGUGGCCAAAGGAUAAAUAUGAAUACAACUUUGAGUUUCAAAGCGAUAAAGUAACACUGUACGUCUUCAAUAAUGAUGAUUACGAAGAAGAGACUUUUACAAUAACUGAUGCGACGAACGAAAAUAUCAGUGGUGAAGCUAAUUCUGGUAUAGUUGUCCGUUCUGAAAGACUUGGUCAUGAGUGCCUCCUUCCCGACCGUAGAGGACCUACAUCUUCAACAGAUUUCUCAUUAUUCUGUGAUGAUCUUGAAAUCAUAUAUACAUAUGAUUUCAAGUUACUUGAGUGUUUGCUCCAAUUCAGACAAGCAGUCAAUGGAAUAUUGCCAAGCCCGAGGUCUUCAUACCUCAUCAUUUCCCGGAACAAAGACGAUGACGAUGAUGCUCCCGAUAUCAAAAUGUUAUAUGAAAAAAUGCCACCGCCUAUCCCAUAUACCUAG